GGGGGCUGCGGGCAGAUGCUGUAGGCGGGCGCGGAGGACGGGCCGCCGCGCUCCCAGGCAAACCCGACCUGAAGGCAUCUCAGCUGGACUCGUGCUUAAAGGACCUGCUGUCGUCAGGGAAAGUCGAGACAGACUUGGACGUCUCUCCCUGGGGAGCAGAAACAAUGAUUGCCCUCAGACAGCUGUCCCUGGAAGCGAAGGCCGCUUUGGCUGCGGCCGGAGUCUUCUUCUCCAUGAUGGUCUCCCGCACCUACCUGUCGGGGAACCUGGAGAUUGGGGCCCGCCGCUGGCUGUUCAGGCUGCAGUUGGCCCUGUUCGCCAACGCGCUGAUGCUGAUCGGCUCCCUGUACAUCUGGAGGAGCACGGUCACUGCCCUCUUCCACUCCCCUGCCCUUGAGGGGGUCUGCUUUUGGCCCUGGAAGGCGGCUAUCUUGACCUUCCUGGGCCUGGCCCACGCCAGUUUCUUCACAAUGCUCUUCCUCGUGGCCGAGGAGCCCUACUUUUUCUCCAUGGCGGCCUACUCUAGUCUCGGCGCUUACAUUAUUAUGAUUUUCUUUCUCUUCAUCCUGGGCUGCAUGGAGCAGGGCUACCAGCUCUUGGCCUGGAGGGGGGGCAGGGCCGGCGGGAGCCUUGACAAGAGCAGGAAGUCGGUCCUGAAGCCCGUCCUGGCUGUGGCUGUGACCGCCGUGCUCAGUGUGAUCGGGCUCCUCAACGCCGCCCAGCCUCCGGCCGUGAAGACCGUCGAGGUGCCCGUCCACCGGCUGCCCCCGUCCAUGAACAAUCUGAAGAUCGCGCUGCUCUCGGACAUCCACCUGGGCCCCACGGUGGGCAGGACCAAGAUGGAGACGUUUGUGCGGAUGGUGGAGGCCCUCGAGCCGGACAUCACGGUGAUUGUGGGGGACCUCUCGGACUCGGAGGCCUCCGUCCUCAGGACGGCCGUCGAGCCCUUGGGGCGGCUCCAUUCCCGCCUGGGCACCUACUUUGUCACGGGGAACCACGAGUACUACACGUCCGACGUCAACAACUGGUUCGAGCUUCUCAAGUCCCUGAAAGUCCAGCCCCUUCACAACGAGAACGUGAAGGUCACCGCCUCGGGGACUGCGGCAGCUGGGGGAGGGGAGGACUGGAUCUGCCUGGCGGGCGUGGAUGAUAUUGAGGCGGACGUCUUGCAUUACUCUGGCCACGGCAUGGACCUGAGCAAGGCUUUGGACGGCUGUAGCCCCGACCACGUCACCGUCUUGCUGGCUCACCAGCCCCUGGCGGCCAAGUGGGCCCUGCAGGCCCGGCCGGACAUUAACCUGAUCCUUUCUGGCCAUACCCACGGGGGGCAGAUCUUCCCGCUGAAUGUGGGAGCUUAUUUGCUGAACCCCUUCUUUGUGGGGCUGUACAAAGUGGGGCAGAGUACCUUUGUGUAUGUCAGCCCGGGCACAGCCUAUUAUGGGAUCCCAAUGAGACUGGGAAGCCGGGCAGAAAUUACAGAGAUCAUCCUUCGCUCUCCCCGCACAUAGAAUCUUCUUCUGAACUUCUGCCUCCAUCCCCAGUUCAGAGUAUUUUGUCUGCCUUAACCUAUACUAGUCUACCCUCUUUAGCUUUGCAAAUAGACACUGGGCCACUUGCCCAGGUGGAAUUAGAAUUUAUAAUGGAUAUGAUGUGAAGAAAUAGAUUUCUUAUUUUUCUACGUAAGUGGGGAGAGGCAUUUUGGGGAAAUGUUUAUGUGGGAAAGUCAUCUUAUUUAUUUGUUCAUCUGGUCAUAUAAUUUAUAUGUGGUUUGUUAAAUUUAUUAGGGGGAGGGAGCUUGGAGUUUGGAACAGACUACUAUGGUGUUUUACAGAGAUUUCUCGGUGAUAGGGGAAUGUUGAACACUGGCAAUAGUUUAUUUUUUUCUCUCAGGACUUUGCUUUCAGCAUUUAGCUCAAGCAGGUUUCCAAGGACAUUUUGAUUCUGGAACUUUUUUAGAAAGAGUUAGUAGGAAAGCAAGUUAAAGAGGAAAUAAAUGUUCUCUCUUUUCAGUUCCACCUAUCUUUCUAUCACCCACUCUGGAGAUACACUUUCAACUAAUGCAAAGAUGGAAAAAAACUUGGAUUCUUUAUUUUCUAUAUUAAAAUCUUGACAGUAUCAGAUUCUGAAUUCUGCCAUAGAGACCUAGAUCUCAUAAUCCUUUGAUGUACUUGGCUGAAGUAAUUAAUCACUAGCCACCUGUCCUAGAGAGAUGUCACCUAUUUGACCCUUAUCCUUUCUGCUUUUGAAGAAAAAAUACAUAUAACCUUGAGUAUUGCAUUUGAAGUCUGUUAAUAAUAUUAAUACAUUUGUAGAGCACUUAGAGUUUAUGUAAUAGUUUUGCAUGACCUUUAUGGAUUUGGUGGAUGGUAGUCUCUCCAUUUUAAAAUGUCACCUACCUUCCAGAAUUGGUUGUUAGGCAGAUAAAAUGAAAUAACAUUCAUAAAAUUCUUUGCAAACCUUAAAGCACU